ACAAAUCCGUGAUUCUUGUCAAACUUGUAUAGACUUCACACUCGUUCAACAUGAGACAUCGCCCAUGAACCGGGCUGGCUUUUUUGACUUGACUUUGCUACGGGAAAAGAAGAAAAGUAUCCUUUUUUGCGUGUGACCGCCACCAGAGCCACUCAUCGUACAUAUCCUCAUUCGAUCGAUCCGCAAACGAUCCCGAGCUACGAAUCGACGGCUUCCGGCACAGAGCGGACAAUUGAGCAGCAACAUGUGCACACGCAACGUCAUCGAAUAUCGCUGCAAGCAUCAGGUCUUCCGGGGAAACACGCGUUGCUACCGCGACGAUUGCCCGGGCAGGAGAGACGAGAUCGCCUACGACACCGAAGACUGCGCGCAGUGCGAAGGCCACAAGAGAAUCCAAUCUGCGCGAUGGUGCCCCAUGGGCUGCUCGUGCAAAUGCGUCGUCAUGUAAGGCCAAGCGGCUGAGCGGGGACCAGAUGGAUAUCAGAAGCUUGCCGAGUUGUGUUUGUACCGCCGGGAUGAGGCAGAGUCAGCUGGCGUACGACCCGGGCUGAAGCUGGGAGCUUGCGUGCCUCCAUAUUGAGGGAGGAUGGCUUCAAUCAGCAAGCCAGUCAUUAAAGCAGCAAAAUCGACAGCAGCAGCAAAACCAAGGGGGAAAAAGGAAGAAAAAAAAAAAAAACCUUAAGAAUGCGAUGUUGACAUAAUCACCGCGAGAUAUUGUUACAUACCUCUUUGGAUAUUUUCGCUAUACCAGUCAGAUCUUCGGCAUGUUGGUUUCGGGUUUGAUUUGGAAAAGAUCGCAAUGUUAUGCAUGAGACGACGAUAAACGUGCCCAUUUGGCUGUAUGUGAGGAAGAGGAAGGAGAUGAGGAAGGAUGACGACAAUACAAGUGCCAUACAAUUGGAUACGAGAUUUUUUUUGGAUUUUUUUUUUUUUUUUUAGCCUGUGGUUAUGGGAGAGGUUUACUCUCGACGGGCGUCUAUCAUCAUCUACAUCAUGUAUCUUAAUACACUACCUAUUGCAUUGCCUGCUC